CGGCCGGGGUUUCCCUCACCGUUCUAGUCUUAGAGCCUUUUUUUUUUUUCCUCCUCCCUCUUUCGCGCGAGGCGUCCUUUCGAUCAGGUGACCCAGAGGUAGGGUAACAAGAGGAGGAGGGACGAGGGGGGGAGGAUUGACGUCUCUCGGUCACGUGACAUCGUCCUCCCAGGCGGUCGUCUCGCUCCGUUUCCCAGGCUCGGGUCUCAGCUGCGCGCGCCCUGCUCGUCUGGAUCAUGGCGGCUCGGAGUUGCCGGGGGCUGCUGUUGCUGUCGGCUGUUUUGCUGGGAUUUUUACAAGCAUCUUCAGCAUUUGAAGUUAGAGACGGUGGAAAAGUCUGCAUAUUAGCCAAUUUCUCUGUAGAAUUCACAGUGGACUAUGACACAAAGAGUCAAAAACAGAAUGCCACCGUUGUACUUCCACAUAAUGCUACACAACUGAAUAGUAGCACCUUCACGAUUAAGCAAAGAUAAAAAUCCGAUACUUACCGUUAAGGAUUUGGCAGCGGACGGUCAGUAAUGGACUUUGGAAAUAAUUCAGUUUUCUACAAUGUCACAAAUGUAACAUUCAAAUACAACCUUUCGGAUCCCACCUAUUUCCAUGAUCCAACUGAAAAAGGACUGCAAGUAGCAACUUUAAAUCCCGAUAUUCAAGCCAAAAUGAAUACUGCAUACACAUGUUCACACAGCCACAGGAUAAAGAUGGCAAACGUGACCGUUCUUUUCAGGAACGUCACCCUUGAAGCAUACCUUGCAAGCAACAACUUCAGCUAUAAUCAAACGCACUGUAAAGAAGAUCAAGUGCCGACAACUCCAACUCCUGGCCCUACAGCUCCAGUACCUACUGCUACGCCCACACCUUCUAAAAAACCAGAUAGGGGACAAUACAAUGUGACUGGUCACAAUGGCACUUGUUUGUUUGCUUCAAUGGGCCUACAACUGAAUCUUACUUACCAUAUAAACAAUAAGACUCAAUCAGGUGUGUUGAAUAUCCCUUUAAAUACUACUUACAAUGGGACCUGUGACAAUGCCUCAGUUAUACUGAAUUUGUUUCCUGCGAAAUCCUGGCUUAGUUUCCAUUUUGUGCAGAAUGCAAGUAUUGGCAAGUAUUUUCUGAAAGGCAUCAAUAUGAGCGUCCAUCUACCUUCUUUAGAACCUAACUUCAAUGCAACCAAUAACAGCCUGAGUGAAUUAAAAGCUUCAGUUGGAAAAUCUUUCAAGUGUGUUGCAGAGGAGAAUAUCAGAGUUUCAGACAAUGCUUUUGUCAAUGUAUUCGAUGUUCAGCUUCAGGCUUUCAAGUUUGACGGAAACAAAUUUGGAGCAGUGGAAGAAUGUCAGCUGGAUGAAAAUAACAUGUUGAUCCCCAUCAUAGUUGGUGCAGCUCUGGCUGGACUUGUCCUCAUAGUCUUGAUUGCAUAUUUAAUUGGCAGAAAACGUAGCCACGCUGGCUAUCAAACGAUUUAACAAUUUGCACUUAAUGAAACCAGUGUGGAAGAACAGCAGUUGCAAGAAGCAGAAACACCUUGUACUCCCCCCUCGAAAAACAAGAUGAUGAGGGCGCACAAUUUUUUCCCUUGCCAACUGCUUCUUGCAGUGUCUGCUUUACUAAAUGUGAAAUCCAUCUUGUGGCAUUUAACUAUGCACCAAGAAUAACUUCUAUAAUUCUGUUUAAUUUUGCUAAUGGGUUAAAUAUUUACCCACCUAGAAACAGGCUGAAGUUUAAGAAUGCUCUUCUGAAUUGGCAUGGUUUUUAAUGUCAACUACUUAAAUGGGUGUGAUGUAGUUAAUUCACAUUCGUUCACUUAAAUUCAGAUUAAUUAUAUCUAACAAAAGGGAAACUUCCACUUUCUGGUACUACCAUCCUGUGCUGAAUUUAGUUGCUGCACUUCUGCAGUUAAGUGUAAUGACUGACCAAUCGAACUUAAAAUUAUUCCCACUUUGUCUCUACCUGGAUAUGUAUCAUUAAUGCUUUAAAUGCUGAGCCUGGUAUAUGCAAGGUGUGAAGGUAAAUUGGCCAACUCUUAAGAUAUUUUGAUCUGUCAGCUUCAUAGGAGCUGGCCCUUUUUUACAUAAAAUGGGUGUUACUUUAUUUUUUGUAAGUGAAUUUCAGUCUCUUCUGUUGAAAGUUCAAAGAUCCUCCUCUUGCACAUGUGUACAAUAGACUUUCUGCUAAUUCUUGCUUUGACCUUGGCUGGGAUUGUACACUACAAGGAUCAGUUAUGGAUGCAUUGCCUGUAACAAUGCUAAUAAAGACUUUUCUGUA